UAGCUGAGCCUAGGAUGGCUGAGUCCGGCUCCUUCCCGCUGCUGGUCCAGGGGUCUUGGGGCCCCGACCCCCCGAAGAACUUGCGUGCCGAGUUGCAGAUGUACUUCCAGAGCCCAAAGAGAUCGGGCGGCGGGGAGUGUGAGGUCCGGCAGGACCCGGGGAGCCCAUCCGGCUUCCUGGUUCUCUUCCACCCGGAGGACGUCCGGCAGAGGGUUCUGGAGAGAAAGAAUCACGAGUUAAUAUGGCCAGGAAAAGGAACUUUCCAGUUAACUCUCCAGUUGCCCACAGCCCCAGAUAAAGUCCAUGAUGUUGUAGAAGAGAAAACUUUGACUGAGGAAUCCCCGUUUAAAGAAGAUGUCAAAAAACCAGAUGUGUCAGAAGAAUUCAAUACAAAAGUCUCCCUCAAAGAAGGAUCAAAAGAAAUGGAAGAUACAUCAAAAGAAUGUGAAAAUAUUCCCUCUUUGGUGGCAUUUGAAAAUCUCAAGGCAAAUGUGACUGACAUGAUGUCAGUCUUGUUGGUGCAGCUCAUAAGUGGCCUGUCCAAUGAUGACUUUGAUGUGGAAGUAAUACCAGAUUCUGAUGUCGUUGUAGUUACCUUUAAAACACAUAUAGAUAUUGUUAAAUUUGUUGAGGAAUGUGCCCAGCAUCGCUUAACUAAACAACUCCAGCUUUCUCCAAGACUUCUGGAAGUGACAAAAACAAUCUGUGUUGAAAACCUGCCUCCUGGUGCUGAUGAAUACAGUUUACAACUUUUCUUUAAAAAUCCUUUCCAUGGAGGGGGAAGCGUUGCCGGUGUUAAAUGUUUUCCCAAGGAGAGUUCAGCUCUAAUAGAAUUUUUUGACAGUAAAGCCCGCUCCAAGAGUGCGAAGAUGUCCGAGCUCCACCGGCUAGACCUGGGGGAGGAUUACCCCUCCAGCAAGAAGCAUGAGGGGACUGAUGGGAAGGAUCGAGAUUGUGACCAGGAUCAUGGCGAUCAGUCUAAAGAUCGGGACCAAGAACGUGAUAGGGAAGAUAGAGAGCCAGAGAAGGAAAAAGAAAAUGAGAAGGAAUUGCAAGCUUCUACUAAUGCUAUGCUUAUCCAUGCUGGAAUACCACCUUUAAAAGCUUCCCAUUCAGCUCACUCAACCCAUGCGGCACAUUCAACACAUUUUGCUCAUUCAACACACACAGAGAAUGCAGACCACACAUCACUUCCACAGGGCAUUAAUCCAUUUACCAACUUACCCCAUACUCCUCAAUACUACGAUAUUCUGAAGAAACGGCUUCAGCUCCCUGUUUGGGAAUAUAAGGAUAGAUUUACAGAUAUUCUUGUUAGACAUCAAUCCUUCAUAGUUGUUGGUGAGACUGGGUCUGGUAAAACAACACAGAUCCCACAGUGGUGUGUGGAGUGUAUGCAAUCAUUACCAGGACCCAAAAGAGGAGUUGCCUGUACCCAACCCAGGAGAGUGUCUGCAAUGAGUGUGGCUCAGAGAGUUGCUGAUGAAAUGGAUGUGGUGUUGGGCCAGGAAGUUGGUUACUCCAUUCGAUUUGAGGACUGCAGUAGUGCAAAAACCAUCCUUAAGUAUAUGACCGAUGGCAUGUUACUUCGUGAAGCUAUGAAUGAUCCCCUCCUGGAGCGUUAUGGUAUAAUAAUUCUUGAUGAAGCUCAUGAAAGGACACUGGCUACAGAUAUUCUUAUGGGUGUUCUGAAGAAAGUUGUAAGACAGAGAUCAGAUUUAAAGGUUAUAGUUAUGAGUGCCACUCUAGAUGCAGGAAAAUUCCAGAUUUACUUUAAUAACUGUCCUCUCUUAACUAUUCCUGGGCGUACACAUCCUGUUGAGAUCUUUUACAGUCCAGAACCAGAGAGAGAUUAUCUUGAAGCAGCAGUUCAAACAGUGAUCCAAAUUCAUACGUGUGAAGAGGAAGAGGGAGAUCUUCUACUUUUCUUAACUGGUCAAGAGGAAAUUGAUGACGUCUGUAAGAGAAUCAAGUGUGAAGUUGAUGACUUGGGCCCUGAAGUUGGUGACAUUAAAAUCAUUCCCUUGUACUCUACACUUCCACCUCAGCAACAGCAGCGUGUCUUUGAGCCUCCGCCUCCAAAAAAACAGAAUGGAGCAAUUGGAAGAAAGGUAGUUGUGUCAACUAACAUUGCAGAGACAUCUUUGACAAUAGAUGGUGUUGUGUUUGUGAUUGAUCCUGGAUUUGCAAAACAAAACGUUUAUAAUCCUCGCAUCAGGGUUGAGUCCCUUUUGGUGACAGCUAUUAGUAAAGCUUCAGCUCAACAAAGGGCUGGUCGAGCUGGACGUACCAGACCUGGGAAAUGCUUCAGACUGUACACAGAGAAAGCUUACAAAACAGAAAUGCAGGAUAAUACCUGCCCUGAGAUUUUACGUUCUGAUUUAGGAUCAGUUGUGUUACAGUUGAAGAAACUUGGUAUUGAUGAUUUGGUGCAUUUUGAUUUUAUCGAUCCCCCUUCUCUUGAAACUCUGGUGCGAGGCCUGGAACUUUUGAAUUAUCUUGCUGCUUUAAAUGAUGAUGGAGAUCUUACUGAAUUGGGAUCCAUGAUGGCAGAGUUUCCUCUAGAUCCACAGCUUGCUAAAACGGUUAUUGCAAGUUGUGACUACAACUGUUCUAAUGAGGUCCUAUCUAUUGCUGCUAUGUUGUCAGUCCCACAGUGUUUUGUUCGCCCCACGGAGGCCAAGAAAGCUGCAGAUGAAGCCAAGAUGAGAUUUGCCCACAUAGAUGGAGAUCAUCUGACACUGCUGAAUGUCUACCAUGCUUUUAAACAAAAUCAUGAAUCAGUUCAGUGGUGUUAUAACAACUUCAUUAACUACAGGUCCCUGAUGUCUGCAGACAAUGUACGCCAGCAGCUAUCUCGAAUUAUGGACAGAUUCAAUUUGCCACGUCGAAGUACCAACUUUACAAACAGGGACUAUUAUAUUAAUAUAAGAAAAGCUUUGGUUACUGGGUACUUUAUGCAGGUGGCGCAUUUAGAGCAAACAGGGCAUUACUUAACUGUGAAAGAUAACCAGGUGGUUCAGUUGCAUCCCUCUACUGUCCUUCACCACAAGCCUGAAUGGGUGCUUUGUAAAGAGUUUGUGCAGACAACGAAGACUUACAUCCGGACUUGUACAGAUAUCAAGCCGGAGUGGUUGGUGAAAAUUGCCCCUCAGUAUUAUGACAUGAGCAAUUUCCCACAGUGUGAAGCAAAGAGACAGCUGGACCGCAUCAUUGCCAAACAUCAAUCCAAGGAAUAUUCACAGUACUGAAUUCAGUGCUUAGAACUGAAGUUUUCAGAGAACAGCUUUAAAAGAUGAAUGAACUCAAAAGUUCAAGUGGCCUUUAUGUGAAAGCUUUUUAAUUUUUUCUUUACAGUAAACAUUCCAUUCCGAUUUCAUAAA